GCGUUUAUCGUCAUGAGCCGCUGCGCUUCAGCCCUCAACGGGCACAAAGUUAAAAAUCAAACCUUAAACCCCCGUACUACGUUACGAGCUGCCCCCAAACACCAGUCCGCCGGACGGGAGGGGCUUAUCGUCAACUUCAAGGGUGUCUUUUGGACUUCAUUCUGCCAAGAAUAACCGAUGAAAAUCUCAAACGCUUCUUCAUCUCUCUCGCCAUGGCUUCUCCGCUCUUGUGCAAGCCCCAAGUCUAUUUGCUUAGCUUCGGCUCUGCAUCAUCCAAUCUUAAGCGGGAAAACUGUGUCGGAAACAAAGAAUUCAGAGGAGCAAGGUUCAGAAUCCACAGUUGCAAAUAAAUCAGAUGAUCUUUCAGAGAAAUACACUUCAAGGGCCGUGCUUAUAGAGAAACCCAAUUCCAAAAUUAAUUUUCUGGAGCAAACCAUUCAAGCAAAUCCGGAGAAACCGAAUUCGGAUGAUUCGGAUCAAUCCAGGUUCGGGUGGAAUGACGAAAAAGCUCGGGAUUUGUACAGGGAAGUGCUAGAGAAGGGAAUGGAUAGUGUUUACUUCACUGGGACUUGUGUGAAACGAGGAAGUAUGGUAGAAGAUACUCAGUGUAAUUUUACUACUUCACCAUCUUCUUCAUUAGAACAUGUAGUUCAUGCAGUCUGCUCUCAAGUCUGUCAGUCAUACUACCCACAAGCCAAUUCAACAGCAUUACAUGCUCCACUGCAUUUGCAAAUAGAUCCAGCCCUAUUGACCCCUGAACAGGCCCUUGCUGUCAUUGCCUCAAUUGCUGAUACUGCUGGCUCCAUGGCGACCUUGAGUUUCUUCUACUGGGCAAUUAGCUUUGUGAAGUUCCGGCAUUUCAUGCGCUUGUAUAUAACUGCGGCUACUUCAUUGAUGGAUCGUGGAAAUAUGGAGAGAGCUCAAGAAGUCCUGAGGUGUAUGGUAAGGAGCUUUUCUGAAGUAGGCAAAUUGAAGGAAGCCAUUGACAUGGUAAUUGAGAUGCAAAACCAGGGCCUAGCCCCCACUGUCCAUACACUGAACUACAUCCUUAAGAUUGCAGUUGAAUCAGGUUGGAUGCAGCUUGCUACUGAUGUGUUGAUGGAAAUGUUUGAAAGAGGUGUCUCUCCCAAUUCCUGCAGCUUCAAGAUAAUGAUUGAAGCUAAUUGCAGGGCAGGAAACAUUGCAGAGGCAGAGCGGUGGUUGAAUGCAAUGUCAGACAAAGGCCUCCUUGUGGACAAUGUAACAUGUACUUUGAUUAUUGAUGCCUUCUGCAGAAAGGGCCACGCUGGUAAGGUGUUGGGUCUUUUCGAGAAGAUGAGUAAGGCAGGAUUUUCUGCAAAUGUGGUCAACUACACUGCCCUAAUCAAUGCGUUAUGCAAGAGAGGAAGCAUCAAGCUAGCCUUUGAAGUCCUAGAGGAAAUGAGUAGGAAAGGUUGGAAACCAAAUGUCUAUACUCACACGGCAUUAAUUGAUGGGCUCUGCAAGAAAGGUUGGACAGACAGGGCAUUUAGGCUGUUUUUGAAGCUUGUUCGUAGCAACAUUUACAAGCCAAAUGUGCACACAUACACUGCCAUGAUAAGUGGGUAUUGCAAGGAGAACAAAAUGAACCGGGCUGAGAUGUUGUUGACAAAGAUGCAAGAACAGGGGUUAAUUCCAAACACCAAUACAUACACAACUCUGAUUGAUGGGCAGUGUAAAGCAGGGAACCUUACUCGGGCAAAUGAAUUGAUGGAUAGAAUGAUACAAGAAGGUUGCAGACCUAAUAUAUUUACUUAUAAUGCAAUCAUCCAUGGCCUUUGCAAGAAUGGGAAGGUUCAAGAGGCUUACAGGCUGUUCCAAACUGGCUUUGGACAAGGACUGCAAGCUGACCGAGUUACAUAUACCAUCCUCAUAACUGAGCAUUGCAAGCGGUCCUGCAUUGAGCAGGCCCUGGAGUUGUUCAAUAAGAUGAUCAAAGAAGGGUGCCAUCCUGACAUGCAUACAUACACCACCUUGAUUGCAGCAUUUUGCCGGCAAAGAAGAAUGAUAGACAGUGAGAGGCUCUUUAAAGAAGCUCUUGGGCUUGGCUUGGUUCCAACAAAGCAAACUUAUACGUCUAUGAUAUGUGGGUACUGCAAGGAUGGAAAUGCUAACUUGGCCUUGAAGGUCUUUCAGAAGAUGAUUGAAUGCGGUUGUGUAGCUGAUUCUUUUACUUAUGGUGCUCUAAUAAGUGGACUUUGCAAAGAGGCAAAGCUGGAGGAGGCUCGCAGGCUUUAUGAUGCCAUGGUAGACAGGGGACUUUCCCCGUGUGAAGUUACUCGCUUGACAGUAGCUUAUGGGUACUGCAAGAGGGAUGACUCUGCCAAUGCCAUGGCUGUCUUGGACAAGCUAGAGAAGAAGCUAUGGAUUCGAACAGCCAAUACCUUAAUCAGAAAGCUAUGUAGUGAGAAGAAUAUAGAAAUAGCAGCUUUGUUCUUCCAUAAAUUAUUGGAUAAAGACUCAAAUGUGAACCGUGUAACUUUAGUGGCAUUCAUGACUGCAUGUUAUGAAAGCGAUAAGUAUUCAGUUGCUUCUGAGUUGUCUGAGAGGAUCUCUAAAGUGAUUGGCUAGCAACCAUAUUUCAGCUGAUAGACAUAUCUGCACUUUUUUUUUGUUUUUUGAAAAAAUCCAGAUCCAGCCUUUCCUUUUCAUGGCCAGCAAAGUGGCUGCUUCACACUAUGGAGUAGUUUCUAUUAACAAUUUGCCAUAUGAAUAAUGCCAACCUACCAAGUGAAUAAAGAGAUUAAGACAUGAGAUAGAUAGAUGCAUUAAGCUUGUGUUAUUGCAGCUGCUUCAUAGACAAGUGUCUUUCUUUUCCCCAGACAGAUUUGUGUGAAGCAAAUGGCUGAAGCACUAAUGGAAUGGAUGCAAUCAGAAAUUCUGUCAAUGUUGAUACCUGGCCAAGUAUAGAAAGAGUUUUAAAAGUGGCAAUUGGGGUCUUGGUGCAGAAACUCUCCUAACCUCUUGUUUUGAUGGUGAAGUUCUUGAAAUUUGCUUAGAGUGAUGGAGAAGUACCAGGACCAGUAUUGAACUAAGAUGGCUGGUGUCUUAGAGUUUGAUGAUGAGGCCAAAAUGACUCUGUAGACAAAGUUGUACAAAAGUAUGUGCAAGUAAUCUUUUGCUAGGUUUUUAUGAAUUUACUCAUGCUGCAGUGGCUUCUCUCAUGAAAUUCCAUGGAGAUAUCUAUAAUUGUGCUGCUCAUGCUUGAUAUUGGUGCAUUUGUUGUGUUUUUGGAGCCUUGGCAUGCUGAUAUCUUUGAGUUACUAGAUAUCAAGAAGAACCAUUGAGAGGUCAAACUUUUCUAACCGUACAAGAAGCCUUCCAUUUUCCCUCUACCAUUCCCAGCUCAACAUUGAUCUAUCUUGUCAACAGCCCAUGAUGACACCAUUGUUUAUAGUCUGCCAAAGUUUUCCCUCAGGUAGGGGACCUUUUGGAUUGGUUUAUGUGCUCAAUACCCAGUCCAUGUGAACAUAGACCUGAACAGUUACCAUGCAUUGACAUCUUCCGUGAGUCAUAUUAGCCAUCACCCAUAUUUUAAAUAUUUCUAAUUUGAAAACUGCCCACAAAGACAUGCUUGUUUUGCAUGGACAAGAGUUUUUAAUCUGAAACUUGCCCAAUGAAUAGUGAGUGGAGAAGCAAAUGCAUGGGAUCUUUUCAGGACAGAUUUCUAUCUACAGAAGAUGUAGGAAUAGCAUAUUUGUGUUUUGAAGCAUUUCUCAGGAUAACUAAUGCUUUUAUUUCUGUUCUGAUCUCCUUGACCUACUCUUUUGAAGAAUCUUUAGUCCUGGUUUUACCUCAUUGAUUAACUAGAAGCUUUUUAUUACUUUAAUAGGUCCCAUUGACAUGGUUAAUAAUUAAAAGAAAAGUCUAUGCAAGAACAUCUUCCUGCUUCUUGUUAUCAAUAAAAACAUAAAAAUAAAAAUUAAAAAAAAUCCUAGAAUGACUAAGACACAAACAGUUACAAUAGAACAAUGAAGCAAAUCAGAAAUUUCAAGUUUUCAAUCAAAGAAGCUAAAUAUGGAUGGUGAAAUAGGAAUCAUGUUGUUGCAUCUUAUUAACCAUCCAAAAGUUUACCUAGGAUUGAAAAUCAUCUCUUGACCUUUUUGGAGGCCUGUAGUUAUCCUCAUCGUUGUCUAAAACCAAAACCUUGGGUUCAAGAUUCCCAUGCUUAUUGAAAACUUUUCAAGUUAAAUUAUCACGGGAAUGAAGUAUCAAGCAUUGGUGGUGUAUUCAAGAUAGCUAUGGUGAACUUGUGUCUUUGUAUUCAGGAUCAGUAGGACAAGGAGACUCAUUACAGCUUGAACUACUUGAGGUGCACCAAGGAUUUAAACUGGGAAAGCUGCUAAAUGUGAGAAAUAAUAAAGUAGGAGAUUCCCACAUCUUAGUGAGAGGUUUAGUUGACAACAGCUUGUUAAAUUGGCAAUAGAGUAACGUACUGAUAUGAGGAAGUUGGCACAUAAAUUACAACUUCAAUUCCAAUGGACAAGAAGCGAAGCGAACGGUUUGAAUGAUUUUCUAUACAAACAAGGGGUAAACAGAACUCAACUGAUUUUCUAAAGGGUGGGUCACCAGGGUAUGUGACCAAGUGGUCUAGUGUUCUUCUUUACUGUUGUCAUAAGGAUCAGAGUAAAAUGUUUAAGUAUGUGAUCUGCUCUGAAAUAAAAAGGCCUAAAUGCAGGUUCAAACCUUGUCCUAUUUUUUUUUUCUUUGAAAAAUCAUAACAUAGACCUCAAAUCAGAUCUCUGAAAUAAAAAGGCAGACCUAAAUCUUCUCUUCAGUGAUUAAGAAUCAUGGUUGAACUGUUAAAACUAGCUAUGCUAGAUGAUGAAGCCUCUCUGCAUAUCUCUUGGAUAUCUCAGAUUUAGCAUUUCUGUAAACUUGAGAGAUUUGGAUUCUCAGUGUUUGCAACACAAGCACCUGACCUGUGGUCUCUAGAUGUGAUUUCACAUGUAGGAAGACAUCUUGAACUCUUACUGGAGGAAGUUUUCUGCUCUCCAAUCACAGGAGUACCCUAUGAAUCUUUCCGAGUUUUAAGUAUGUAUAGUUAACAAAUCCUACAGCCGAUGUGUCUAUCUAUGUUCUCAACUUUCUUACUGGACUGUAAACUCUAAAAGUUCCAGCGUCUAGAUUUGACUUGAAUCACAUAUCCCUURUAGUCRAGUGACUUCACUUUGCAAAUUCAUCCCUAAUAGGGAAUGCCUUCAAUCUCCUACUAAAUCCUCCUUGGUCCCUGUACCAAGGGGAAACCCUACAACAUGAUAGCAAAAAUCUUCAGUCAGAACUGCAGUUUCAGAUUAACCCAGAAAUCUGCUCAUAUGUCUCAGCAUGCGAAUUUCUGUCAAACUCAAUUUUUGGGCUGUUUUCUGUUUACACAAAGCACAACUUCAAUAUUUCAUGAGCAUGUUAAUGAUGUUGAUCAUCAACCAUUUGCAGUUUCCUUUCAGGAAACAGUGGCUCCAAUUGUCCUAUAAGUGAAAUUUAAGUGGCAAAGAUUGGAAGAAAUGUGAUUAUUUUGGUCAUGAAGAAAAGUCAAAUAGAACUUCAAUUAUUGGUAGAAACCUAAGGCAUUUCAUCUCUCUGGCAUUUCUAGGUAAUAAGUUCUUUGGUUUUAAGUAGAUGAAUCAGAAGGCCCAUGCAAGAUAGUGGCAAUCAGAUGAAAAUGUCUCACCAGAGUAGGAGGCAGAUUAAAAUGAACAAGAAUAGGGCAGCUCUAUAAAAUGAAUCAGAUCAAGGCAGAUCCGAAGCGGAGAUGGGGCGGAUCUGUAAAAUGAACCACCGAAUUUCACAGUUAGUUAAAUAAAAAAUGAGGAGGAGCAAGAAGAGUGGUAGCCGAUUUAGAAGGAGGAGGAGGAGGAGGAGAAAGAUGGUCGUCAGCUGUCUUACUUCACCGGAGAUGGGGUUGACAGUGGCAGUGGCAGCGGCUAGUAUGAACAUUGGAGGUUCUAUGCGUUGGUGGAUCCCACAUAUCUAUUUUUUAUAUGAUUUGUGUGUUGGAGGGACCCACAUAUCCAUUUUGUAUAAAUUUUAUAUGUCGGUUGAACCAAUACAAGAAUGAUAGAAGGCAUUGCUGAAGAUACUGAAGAUACAAUUUUUAUUUUUUGUGAUUUAUUAGUAUAUGUAAUAAAGAAUUUUGUACCUUUUUCUAUAUUAUCAAUGUAUAGAACUCACAUUUAAGAUGUA